AUGUUCCUGAGCUUAAACGUCUUGGUCCUGCUCCUCUCUGAGGUGGUCCUGGCGAGCGUGCUGACCUCACCGCUGAGAGCAUGUCCCACCUGUAAAGGAAAGCAGGCGCCUGCAGGUCUGAACACCACUCUGGUUCUUGGAGAGCCGUGUGGCGUCUAUACUCUGAAGUGCGCCCGCGGCCUGCGCUGUGAACCUCCGCAGGAGGAGCCGAGGCCUCUCCGUGCCUUGCUGGAGGGCAGGGGAGUCUGCAGCUACGUCAGCACCACCAGCACCACUCGAACCACCACCACACAGGUCCACACUGAAGGUCCGGCUUCUACCGAGAGUCCAACUGAGGCCCCGUGCCGUAAACUGCUGAUCACACUCAUCAAAGAUCUCAGUGCUCAUUUAUUUAAGUCCAGUCCUGAUAUCUACAUGCCCAACUGCGACAAGAGUGGCUUCUUCAAAAAGAAGCAGUGUUGGUCAUCUCGAGGUAAGCAGCGUGGAACGUGUUGGUGCGUGGAUGAGAACGGCGUGCCUGUCACUCCCAAGGCUAAACAGAAGGGCAGCUUGAGCUGUUAGAGAGGAACAGAUGAAGAGAUG